AUGGAGAGGCAGAGGCUGGGAUGGGAGGCUGCAGCAGGAUGGAUGCUGGGGCCUUGCUUGUCCUUGCUGCUGGGAGCUCCUGUGGUCAGUGCACUCCAGGGACCGUCGCUGCUGCUGUCUCCCGAAGACAGUGGCCCAGAGAAUGCCAGCUGGGGGUCCCAGGAAGCCCAGGAUAAUGAAUCCUCUGUGCACACAGUCUUCUUCUCCCUGGAUUAUCAGCAUGUGCAGGUCCCCUUUGAAAUAACGCUCUGGAUCAUGCUAGCUUCUCUGGCCAAAAUAGCAUUUCAUCUGUUUAACAAGCUGCCGUCAGUUGUGCCUGAAAGCUGCUUAUUGAUAUUUGUGGGGCUUAUCAUGGGAGGCAUCAUCUAUGGCUUAAACGACAAGUCCCCACCAGUCAUGGACAGUGAUAUCUUUUUCCUCUAUUUGCUGCCACCUAUAGUCCUUGAUGCAGGGUACUUCAUGCCCAGCCGUCCCUUUUUCGAGAACAUUGGGACUAUUCUUCUGUAUGCUGUAGUGGGAACUAUAUGGAAUGUGUUUGGGAUUGGCUUCUCGCUGUAUGGGAUAUGCCAAGUGAAAUCCUUUCACCUGCAGGAUGUAUCUUUGCUCCAUAAUCUCUGGUUUGGCAGUCUGAUUGCUGCAGUGGAUCCUGUAGCAGUGUUAUCUGUGUUUGAAGAGAUACAUGUCAAUGAAAAGCUUCACAUUUUGGUUUUUGGAGAAUCACUCCUAAAUGAUGCUGUUACAGUGGUGCUGUACAAGCUGUUUAGAUCCUUUUGCGAAAUGUCAACAAUCAAAACUGUGGAUGUGUUUGCAGGAAUUGGGAAAUUUUUUGUGGUUGGAAUAGGAGGGGUAUUGGUAGGCCUUUUAUUCGGGAUGAUUGCUGCCUUUACCACACGAUUUACCAAGAAUAUCCGUGUAAUUGAACCCCUCUUUGUCUUCCUGUACAGUUACCUAUCCUAUCUCACUGCAGAAAUGUUUCACCUCUCUGGUAUUGUGGCUAUUAUUGCUUGUGCCAUGGGCAUGAAACGUUAUGUGGAGGCGAACAUCUCUCUAAAGUCUCACACUACAAUCAAAUACUUUAUGAAGAUGUGGAGCAGUGUUAGUGAUACCCUUAUCUUCAUCUUUCUUGGGGUCUCUACCAUUGGAGACAACCACGAGUGGAGUUGGUCUUAUAUUUGCUUUACCGUCAUUUUCUGUCUUAUUUGGAGAGCACUAGGGAUUCUUGUAUUGACUUUCUUCGUGAACCGAUUACAUGUGAACACCAUUACCAGCAAGGAUCAGUUUAUUAUAGCAUAUGGGGGUCUUAGAGGUGCCAUCUGUUUCUCUCUGGUUUUCUUGCUCCCUGACUUCCCUAGAAAGAAACUCUUCAUUGCAGCCACAACUGUAGUUAUUCUCUUCACUGUGUUUGUACAGGGAAUGACCAUCCGUCCUCUCGUUGACUUAUUAGAUGUGAAGAGAAAAAGAGAAAGUGCACCCACGGUGGGAGAACAGAUUCACAUCCGGUUCUUGGAUCAUUUGCUGGCUGGCAUAGAAGAUAUAUCUGGACACUGGGGACAGUAUUACUGGAAAGACAAACUGGAAUAUUUCAACAGCAAGUAUCUUCAGAAGUUCUUACUCCGAGAGUAUGACCAGCCAAAAUCAAGUAUUGUGCUGCUCUACGAAAAGCUAGAGAGGAAACAUGCCAUUGAGCUAGUAGAAGCAGGGCAGUUAAUUCAUGAGCCGUCCCAUACAUCUUUGCUUGACAGCCACAGGUCUGCCAGAAUGGUCAAAGAAUCGGACUCUCUGAAUCCAGAUGUGCUGGAAAAUAUACAGAAAAUAUUGGCAAGGAACCUAUACAAAAUAAGGAGAACAGUGCCAGCAUAUAACAGGCAUACACUUCCUGGAGAAAGUGGGACAGAAGAGCAGGCAAAGGAGAUCCUGAUUCUCAGACACAGGAGCCUUCAAAUCCAUAUGAACAGAAGUGACUCUGAUCACUUUAGAAAGGAGAAGGAUGACUCCUAUUCUGCACAUCAUGGAUCUGACACAAAGCCUAAACUGCGCCGUUCCUUAACUGUAGGGGAUCCAGAAAAAGUACCAGGUAUGAAAUGCAACCGAUCAAAGUCUAUGACCUUCAGCUCACCUCCACAGCCUGGCAGCACUGAAUUGGUUAAUGAAGAAGAAACAGGAAAAGGGUCACAUGCAGAAAUAGAAAUAUACACAAAGGAGAGAUAGAGAAAGAAGUUUGCUGGACUGAGGUUUUCUUACCCACACAGCCACUGCACGUCUGCUGAGAACAGGCUCAAAAACCUGCUUCAGGUGAAAUAAGAACUAAUUUGAGUGUUUGUCCAUGCCAUGAACCAAACCUGGACUAUUCCCCUGAGAAGUCUCCCUCCUCUUCCUUUUUUGGUCAUGGUAACUGCAUGGUAACAGUCUGAGGGUUCACAGCAAUGAUUCAUAGCACCUGGGAAGCUCCAAAUCCUGCAUCAGUAACAGGAGAAUACCAGAGCACAAUCACUUACAUAGACAGGCUAGCACUGUUUCUGCUGGAAGAAAGGCGGCAAAGCCUCGCUCAGAAGAUUUCCGCUCCUGCUGCUGCUACUCAGGCCUAGGGACAAAGAAAGCCUGAGUGAGGAGGCUCUUUUCAAAAGACUUUUGGCAGAGAGAAGUCCUCAGAGGCUCUGCUAAAAAGUGCUGCUUUAUGUGUAAAUUCUUAGAAACUCCAGAUAUGCAUCCAAACCUUGGAGUUUUGCUUUGCCAAAUCAAACCAAAUCUCCAAAUAUGUUAGGUUCAGCCAUCACUAACAUCAAUCCUUUUCCUUCUCUUAUUAAUCUGCACAAUAGAAGUUAUGGGGAGUUUAACAAAACACAAAUAUAUAGAUCUUUUAUGAAAAAAAUUAUAAAGAAUGUACAAAGACCUCAGUCCUCUUCUACAUGGCACAAUUGGACUUUCACAGUCUUUAUCCUCCACGUACAAUAUUAUUCCACUGGGAAACACUGUACCACUAAACCAGAUGCAUAAUUCAUUUUUUAGUUAAUCACACCUUACUGAUUAUAAUUAUUUUUCAAAGAUUUGGGGCCUGUUUCUUAUUACACCAAGGCCCUUUUACAGUGAUCUGGCAGUGAAAAAGGCUUGAAAGCAGACUAAAUAAACUUAAUUUACUUCGCUUUUAAGGCACUUUUUUUACACUGCCCAAUCCAUAUAAAAUGGCCUUAAUGCAAAUGAGAAUCUGACAUUUUAAUUUCAUUAGGAUCUGCUUUAUAUUUUAUUUUAUAUAUAUGUUGUGUGUAUAAAUAGCUGGAAUAUGCAGUCAUAGGAGAAAAAGAGUCGGUUAGUGGAUUACAGAUUGUUGUAUGCAGUAUUAAUGGGCCACUCUACCUUGAAUGGUCCCUUAUAAUAUGUGCUCACUACUUAUGCUAAACAAACUGUUCCACCUUGCAUUCUGCUGUCACGACCUGAAAAAGAUCUCUGUGUGGCUUGAAAGCUUGUCUCUCUCACCAACAGAAGUUGGUCCAGUAAAAGAUAUGACCUCACCCACCUUGUCUCUCUAAUAUCCUGGGACUGACAUGGCUACAACUACACUGCUUUGUUUAUUGACACUAGUAAUCAUGUACAAGUGCAUGUGAGAUGAGAAGAAUCAGAAAGCUAACAUUUUGAAGGAGGCAUGUUCAUUUACAACUGAUCUCUCUGUUUUGAUUUAUUAGUGAUUGAAUUUUAAUAAAUAGUGAGUUCUGCCUUUUUUUUAACCUAUAGUUUAAUUUUUACAUUGUUUAAAUUACUGUUUACAUUUUGCAUGGUAUGUAUAAUUAUAUAAAGUUUUACCAAGGUGGACAUUUUCAAGUUCUUUAUCUGAAGAGCAGAAAUGCAGAGAAUUUGGUAUUUGAGCUAAAAAAUGUUGGAAUCGAAGAAUGGAAACUUUUGGAACCCCUUGGCUGAUUGAUUGGUAUCUGUAGUGCUGACCGUAUCAUCUUUAUGUCUUGUGAGGUACCUAGCACAUUUUUGGGUACUGGAUAAAAAAUAAAGAAUGAUUUUUUUCUUUUAAAUUGAUUUCCAUGUCUUGUCAAAUAACUAAUCUGUGGUAGUAUUAUUGGACAAGAAGCCUAUCAAAUGGGUGAUUUUUCACCAGUUUUGGAUUUCUUUCCAAAGCUGCAAUAUAUGGUUAAUAGAACUAAUCAGGAAUUUUCUGUGGGAAUGAUUUUCUGACAGAAAAUUAAAUUUUUGCAAAAUUGAAAUUUUCCAUGGAGGACAAUCAAUUUUGCUCCCAAAUUUUCAUUUGUCAUCAGGAAUAUCUAAAUAAAAUAUUUGUUUUGGGUUUGUUAAGAACAUCAGAAUGCCCAUACUGAUUCAGACCAAUGGUCUGUCUAGCCCAAUAGCUUGUCUUCCAACAGUAGCCCUUGCCAGAUGUUUCAGAACGG